AUGACCUGGGGUAGAGCGUGCAUGGAAGAUGCGAGCGAGCGAAAGAGUCCGGAGAAGGGUUGUAUCCUGCGCCAGUGCGAUGCUCAAGCACCGUCGUGCUCCGUCUGCCUCGAGGCCGGUGUGCCAUGUGUCGCCCUUGACGCCGCCACCAACGCCAUUGCACCACGCAGCAUCGCUCGAUAUCUCGAGGCGCGAAUCGCAGCUCUGGAGAGUCAGGCCGGCAGAGGCACAAUUUCCACACGCCCAGCCUCUGAUCUCCAACUUGACGGCGACCCUUCUAACCUCAGACACGUAAAUGGAUGCUCGACAUCACUGACGAACCCGGCCAUCUCCCUCGCCUUACACGACAUCACCACUUCCUUUCUUGGCCUCACCCAGACCAUCCGCCUGGCAGGAUGCGCGGCAGCGCCCACGCAGAUCCCGUCGGCCAAAAAGCCCUUGAGUCUGACUGAUUUGGACGAGAACCACCCUCGCUCCAUCUUGAAUCAACCACCGUCGCAUCUGUCCCUGACCUCGGUGCCGACUGCGGUGGCGGAAUUCUUGUUCGACAUCUACAUCAAUCGAAUCAUCAACCAGUACCCGUUCUACCACUCUGCCGACGUGGUACGGGCAUUCAACGCGAUAUUCCACCACGACACCGCCAAGGAAGCCCCUGGUUCGCCCACUGAAGCUCGAGAUGUUUACGUGGUGAGCCUGAUCAUGGCCAUUUCACUUUCCACCGCGGCACGGAGCAAGCAGGCGCGUGCGCAGUCUCUGGCAACCGGUCUGUUCCGCACCGCCAUGCUCCACGUGUCAGAAGUCCUGUCGAAUGACCUGGCUGGCUUACAAGCCCUCCUUCUACUGAUGCAAUAUACAUUUCUGAAUCCCAGUGUGGCCAAUCUUUGGCUUCUCACGGGCCUAUCGAGCGAAGCGUGCAUCGACUUGGGCCUGCAUCAAGAGCUUCCAGCCACUGCUGGACUUGACCUGCUGGAGAGAGACAUGCGUCGGCGCAUCUUCUGGUGCGCCUGGGAAAUGGAAGUGGCCGUCUGCGCGGGUUUCCAUCGUCCCCUCAGGACGCAGAACAAACACAUCAAUGUUUCCUUCCCGGUCGAGUUUGGAGAUUACGCCAUAUCACGCACACAUAUUGAUACCACUGCUCCACGGACCAAGUUUGUCCCCCGGCGAAUUUGGCUGUACCGCAAGAUCGAGUCCGACAUCAUGUCUGUCCUCUACCAGAACGAACCGCUCCCGGACGAUUGUCCGUCGCUCGCGGCAUGGAUGACGCGAACAGAGGCUGCCAUGCGUGACUGGACGGAAGAGGUGCAUCGGGCAGCCGCCCUGAACCAGGACGCGUCGGUGAAAUCCCAAUGGGAUGAGAUGGAACUUUAUGCCGAUAUUGCAUACAAUUACAUCCUCGUCCUCCUGUUUCGACCUUCUCCGAGGAUAAAGAUGCCCAGUCGGGAAGACCUCAUGAAAGGCUUCACCGCCGCCGUGCAGGUAGCUACCGGAUAUUGGGAGCAGGCCAACACGGAGUUCGGCUACAUCAAAUACGUCUUCCACCCUUGCCACCACACUUUCUCGUCCGCGGUCGUCUUCCUGCAGGCGUUGCAAUACUGCAAGGUUGAGAUUGCCGAGCAGUACAGCCUGGAAGAAGUCGAAGGCUACAUGAUGUGCUUCUCGCGCUUCUUCUCCACCAUUUCCGAACGCUGGCCGGCCGCCACUCGUUGCCUGCAGGAGUACGAGAGACUCUUGGGACCGAUCAAGAAGGAAUACUCGGAAUUCCUCCUCCAGCGAGCGAGCCUCUUUAAUCAGCAGAGCCCAAUGCGUGCCUACCCGGUUGGAGACUACCUGGGAGACGCCAUCGGCCUGGAUGAGUCGUUCGCCUUCUGGGAGGUAUCCAAUCCUUUCAUCGAUUUUGCUGGGAAUGAUUCCAUCGACACCUACGCCUACCCACCAUAUGAUUGGAAUGCCGAGUUUGGAUUUGGGAUGGACCCAACCCUGGCGGGGUAG